GAGAGAGAGAGAGAGAGAAGUUGCAGUCCAGUCCACAAUGUUUUUGACUCGGUGUCAAGUCCGUUGCUGUGAGGAGGAGUGAGGCAGACAGUCUGUAACCCAGUGAGAGAGAGACACUAGAGGAGGCUAUGCUGCGUGAAUGGUUUGUUUUUCCUGGCUGAAGUUGUUUUUUUUCCCUCCGAGCGUCUGAAAGGUUAUCCCGGUGAAACAAGACGGCCACUGUUGUGCGGGAUUUUUUUUUUUUACCACAACAAACCAUUUCCAUCCCGAUGCCGGAUUGCGGCGUGCCGUCAGUCGAGACGCGUUGAGGAUCCGUCCCAGGCAUUGCACCUCCCCGGUGAUGACAUCACUGUUGUACCCUGGCCCCGCCCACGUCAUGAAGGACAUCUCCUCCUCCUCAUCAUCAUCCUCGCCGAUCACCUCCUUACUCCACUACCCCUCCUCCAAGACCGCUGCCGUGCCCUUCUCCCCAUCCCUCUCCUCCUCCUCCUCCUCCACUUCCACGUCCCCAAUGCCGAUGCUCUCCUCCUCCACGACUCCCCUCUCCAAGCCCCACUCCUUCAGCCUGCAGACAGGACCCCACCUCAUCGCCAGCAUGCAGCUCCAGAAGCUCAACUCCCACUACCAGAACCUGGUGGGCUCCGUGGGAGGGGUCGGAGGAGGAGUGGGACCCGUUGCUCAGAGGGGGUUCCCCCCCGGCGCCGGGACCUCACUCCUUAAUUCCUCCACCUCCUCUUCCUCCUCUGUGCUGGUCGGAGGCGGCGGCGGUACCGGGACGGCUGUUGGCUUCGGGCUUGGACCCCCGGGCUCGGGCACGGCGGCCGGCGGUGGCGGGGGGAUCGACUUUGAGGCGGUAGACGAGGAGGUGCUGAUGUCGCUGGUGGUGGAGUUGGGUCUGGACCGGGCCAACGAGCUCCCCGAGCUGUGGCUGGGCCAGAACGAGUUCGACUUCAUGGCCGACGUGCCAGCCGGCUGCUGACCCAAAGAGAGAGAAAGAAUAGGAACACACUAACUGUUUCAAAAAAAGAAAAGUACAUUUUGCGUCGACAAAAGAAUGCGAAGACUGGCGUCCUCCUGCCUUCUAUUUAGUUUUUCUUUACGUUAUCGUUCCCGGCCCGUUGACUCACGCAGAGGAAGUGAGAGGGAACAAACUGUUGGGAGUUCAUUUGAGGACAUAUUUAGUUUUUGCGUUGACAGCGUCUGAGUUUAAACGGUAGCGACACAUCGCUCCUGAGAGGGAUGCUUCCCCGUCUACGCUUUUCUCGUCUUCUCCACCGUAACGAGGACGUAUACUUACCCUUUAAGGAAAUUUAGUUUAAGUCCGUCGGUUGGUUUCUAUUCUCGUUUUGCCCCGAUUAAGACGGGCGUCUGGGUUGCAGACGCUCAUUACGUACCUCGGAUUCUGCCGACGGCGACGGCUAGCGAACAAAAAACUAUUUGGAGCUUAACCGUGGAAGACCGCAGCGAUACGGGAACCCGAAGGAAAACCGUUCCCGGAACGGAGGACUGCUGCGUUUAGGAUCUCUCUGUCUCUCUCACCACUCCCUCACUCGCUCUUAAUGAAAAGAGAGUGAUGGACAGUAGAGGUGAGGUCCGCUCGGUGGAAUACAAAGAAGCACCUGUUGCACUUGUUUUUUUUCUUACACUCUUUGGUUUCCAACCCCUCCUAUUGGGGAUUUCAUUUUGGGAAGAAAACGACCAAAACAUAAAUGAUUUUCGACAGAUGAUAGAAAUGUGCAACAGGAAACGCAGAAUGUGUGCGAUACCACGAGUCACGACAAACAUUACCAUUUCCUGUUUUUCUUUUAAAACGGACGGCGGUUGUCUUUGUUCCUAUGGGAACGGGACCCGGGGCGUAGUCACGUCCACAAAGCCAGCGAUUGUCUAGGGAGCUGUUAUCUCCAAACCAACUGUAUCUAAUGUUCUCCUUUUCAUUUCCGUAUUUGUGUUUAAACCAAUCAGAUCCUCCCAGCAGGACAUAUUCUACCUUUCAGAGAGUAAUGAACGAAGGGGCGACGAGAACCACAGUCUAAUGCAUUUCAUUGUCAUUCUUAUCAAGGUCGAGGAGGGAAAACAUACUUGUAUUGGCUUGCAUGAGGCAAAAGAGAGGGCUUUCAAAAAAAGGCUUGUUUAAUUAUGAGGGGGAUAACCUGACAAAACAGCCACAAUAUGUGGCUUUACUCCAACGUUCUAAUGUUCACAUCGCCACCUUCAGAUUGUUGAUUUAGCUGUUGAUUUGUUUGUGACUGAAAUAACACAGUUCCCAUCGCAGUUUGGACUCAUUUGAUUUCACGGUUCCCUAUUCACAUGACAUAACUAGAUUGGAACUCAUCGCAACACUGCCUUGCUCAACGGCACUUGAGACGCUAUCUUUGCUAACAAUUUUUGCACUGCGGAUGUCUCAGCGGUCACCGUGGCAUCGCCGUGGCAACCAACCAGCGAUGCCACGGUUAGCCUCACCAAACAUCUGGAUUGGGAGUAAAAGUAUUGUGUGUGUGUGUGUGUGUGUGUGUGUGUGUGUGUGUGUGUGUGUGUGUGUGUGUGUGUGUGUGUGUGUGUGUGUGUGUGUGUGUGUGUGUAACUCAUCCAUGGAAAGAAAAAAAGCGCAUGCCAGCCCUCAUGCAUUUAUUUAGAGACAGACAUCACUGUUGGGUCAGCUUACAGACGCACGCACACACAUACACACGCAACUCUAUCUUCUCCUUUUCUUAGCGUUCUUGUUUGUCUAUUUAAUGAAAGGUUUAAACGGCCAUGACACUCGAGUAAAGCUUGACGGAGGACAGGGUUGAUUUAGUCAGGGUUUCUUAAGCUGACCUAACCUUGUUCCAAAGAUAAACAGACAAUCUACUGUUGAGGUCGCUCUGAGAAAGACAUUUCCAAUAGUCAUUUUCUUUCUUAAACGAAUGUUAUUUAAGCAUUAGGGCUACUAAACGUUUGUUAGUUUGACAUGAGGGGGCGGCAUUUUGUUGCCACUCAAUUUCUUCACGCGUCCAUCCAAUAGUUUGAAUUCUCCCACGACUUUUAAUUUCCUCUCUCCACUGACCCUCAUGAGUUGGUUAAUCCGUUCUGGGACCCCUAGCCAGGUCUUUAAAGAAUUCAAGGUAACCCCCCCCCCCCCGCUCCUCAAAAUCCUGCUUCAAUUAACUUGACCUUCUUUCAUAGCUCUAGUCGCGCCAGGUGGGCGGGGUCAAACAAUGACUGGCAACCAUACAACGCCCACUGGGGCUUAAGGUCCCGAUAUAAAGGCUAUAUAAAGGCUUCUGUGUACAUUGCUUUGAUUUAGAUUCUAUACCCUGGCAUGACCUCUACCCUCUUAACCUGCUUCCCCCCCCCCAGCCUCUAAAACCUGUUGGCAGGCGGGGAGACGAUGAACACGUAAAUGAGCACAGUGACUGCUCUUUGUGUACUAAUUGGAUUUCCUUUUGGUUCAGCGUGUUCUUUCACAUGAGCAAAAAGAUUAAUUAAAAAGCCAUGGAGGCAACAAAACGAUAUUGGAACCAUUCUUGUUAUGCACCAUCAAAUAUAACAAAACAUAGGUUAGGGGCUCCCAGUCAUGUCUGCACAGUGAUUGUGUGCGUGCGUGUGAGAUUACGUUGAUUCUGGAAAUAUUAGUUUUAUUUAUUAGGUUUACCUAAUAGUUCUCCCCUCGUGAAAUUGUGUUUAAUAUGAGUCGGAGGGGGGUUUCAUCUUGUCCAACGUGGAUAUACGGCGACCUCAUCUAGUGUUGUACUGGCCCAGACUUCGCCCUACAAGGAAAUGUUUCAGCAGAGGAUGGCUCUCGUGCCAUACAAAGCGUUGUGCAAAAUGUAAUAGAUUUAAGACCUGUUUUGACUUAUUGACUGUCUGAGGUAUUCAGCUCGCCAUCUGGGGAUCACAAAAACACAGCAGUUGAUGAUUAUUUUUCACACAAUUUUUUUUUACGAUCCACUAACGGAAAUGUGUUUGAUUCCUCUCGUCUGAGACUCAACUUUUUUAUCUGGACGGAUUGUUCUCCAUUUUCCAUUCAGAUUAACCUUUUUUCUUUUUAGUUGGUUUACCAAUGAUGACGUGAUUAUUCAAAGAUGAUUCCUUGUUUAAAAAAAAAAAAGCACUUUUUGUUCGACUGCUCUCACUUGUACAUGCUCAUGAAUAUGUAAAUGAACAUUAUUGAACAACUGUAUUUUUGUUACUCAUCUCCGAGAUUGGGGAAACAUAAAAAUGUUUAUGACAAAGUUAA